UCGGAUACUUUUUAAUUUAAUUUCUCUCUUCUGCUGUCAGCGAUGGCGUCUGCUGAUCUGAGACAGGAGCUGGACUGUUCCAUCUGUCUGACCACAUAUACAGAUCCUGUAAACCUGAGAUGUGGCCACAACUUCUGCCGGGUCUGUAUUGAUCGUGUGUUGGAUACACAGGGGGGGUCUGGAGGUUAUUCCUGUCCUGAGUGCAGAGAAGAGUUCCGGGAUCGGCCUGUACUGCACAGGAUCAUAACACUACGUAACACAGUGGAGACUUUCCGAUCUACUCAGCUGGAAGAAGGGAAGACUGGAAUCUUCUGUACUUAUUGCUAUCACUCUCCUGUACCUGCUGUUAUAUCCUGUCUGCAUUGUGAAGCUUCUCUAUGUAAUGAUCACCUGAGAAUCCACAGCAAGUCACCAGAACAUGUCCUAACUGAUCCCACCACUUUCACGGAGAACAGAAAAUGCUCCAUUCAUAGAGAACUUCUUGAAUAUUACUGCACUGAGGACUCUGCCUGUAUCUGUGUGUCCUGCAGGCUGGAUAGAGAACACAAGGGACACAAGGUGGAGACUCUGCAUGAGGCCUCUGAGAAGAAGAAACAGAAACUGAGAAUUGUUCGGCAGAAACUGAUGACAGAGAGAGAGGAGACGGAGAAAAGAGUCCAGAGUCUGCAGGAUCGCAGGAGAAAAGUACAAGAAGAAUCAGAGAGAGUCACUGCCCUGUUCAUAGAGCUCAGGAGACAUCUGGAGGACCUGGAGAAGAGAGUCCGGAGGAACAUCUCCAGCCAGGAAGAGCAGAUCUCAUUGUCUGAUCUGAUCCAUCAGCUGGAAAUAAAGAAGAAGGAUCUGUCCAGGAAGAUGGAGGACAUUGAGAAGCUGUGUAACAUGACUGACCCACUGACUGUCCUACAGGAAUCAGACACAGGGGACUUGUGUGAUACUGAGGAGGGAGAUAAUGAGGACAGAGAGAGACAUGAUAGACUCCUCCAUGAUGGAGGGGAUCUGGAUGUGUCUGGAAUCUCACACACAUUACACAAAGGGUUAUCUGAUAUGAUAAAAGAGGUAAAUGUAUUCUUCUAUAUACAGGAAGCUUCAGACAUAUUACUGGAUGUGAACACAGCUCAUAAUCUCCUAGAGAUAUCAGAUGACAUGAAAACUGUAUCCUGGUCAGAUAUAGAGCAGAAUUGUCCAGAAACACCGGAGAGAUUUCAGUGGUGUGAACAGGUAUUAAGCAGUCAGGGAUUUUCCUCGGGGCGACAUGACUGGGAAGUGGAUGUCAGUGAGUCAGAACAUUACAGAGUCGGGAUGUGUUAUCCCAGUAUAGAAAGGAGAGGAGGGCAGUCACUGAUUGGAGAUAAUAAAAAGUCCUGGGGUUUGUGCAGGGAUAGAGGUGUGUGUUUUCUAAAAUAUGACUAUAAACAGAUCAGGUUAUCUCCCAAUCUCUCCAGUUACAGAGUCAGGAUCUCUGUGGAUUAUGAGGCCGGGCAGCUGUCCUUUUAUGAUCUGUGUGACCCGAUCAGACACCUCCACACCUUCACCACCACCUUCACUGAGCCCCUCCAUGCUGGGUUAUAUGUAUGGAAAGGUCGUAUAAAGAUCUCUGGGGGGUCAGGAGAUGUGUGAAAUGAUCAUAUUACAGGAAAUCUGGUGAUAAAUGUCAAUCUGGUUCAUAGGAUGACACAAUUUGUACAUAUUUCUUCAAUCGGCGGAUCUGAAAGAUCUCAGCACAGGAGAGUCUCCUUUAUCACUUCCACACCCAAUAAGACAAGGGGGGAUUUGAGGGUUUAUUUAGCGUUAGGCUGACCAUACACUAUACAAUCUGAUUGUACAAUCUCCUUUAGAUCUAUCAUUAGCAGUGUAGUAUACGGGCCUGCCUGAUUGUAACUAAUUCAAAAAAUUGUUAAAGUUUGUCUUCAUAUGACAUCGUUUUGGUAAAGCUAAAGGACAUUUGGUUGUAUAGUGUAUGGUCAGCCAUAGAUUUACCAAAGUAUAUAAUAUAAAGCCAGACAUAAGUAAUCCACUCACACUGUAUCCAGGCAGACCCUUGCACUACAUACAGUAGUUGAGGGUAGAUGUGAAACAGAUUGUACAAUCAGAUUAUAUAGUGUAUGAUCAGUUUUAGGGGUAUAUUUAGGUUAGAAGGCUAUUUAAGGUUCGGGGUUAUGUAAGGUUAGAGGUUAUAUAAAGGUUUGGGUUAUAUAAGAUUUGGGGUUAUAUAAAGGUUCGGGUUAUGUAAGGUUAGGGGUUAUAUAAAGGUUCAGGGUUAUGUAGGGGUUAUAUAAAGGUUUGGGGUUAUGAAAGGUUAGAGGUUAUAUAAAGGUUUGGGAUUAUGUAAGGUUAGGGGUUAUAUAAAGGUUCAGGGUUAUGUAAGGGUAGGAGUUAUAUAAAGGUUCAGGGUUAUGUAAGGUUAGGGGUUAUAUAAAGGUUCGGGUUAUGUAAGGUAAGGGGUUAUAUAAAGGUUCGGGUUAUGUAAGGUAAGGGGUUAUAUAAAGGUUCGGGUUAUGUUAGGGUAGGGGUUAUAUAAAGGUUCGGGUUAUAUAAAGGUUCAGGGUUAUGUAAGGUUAGGGGUUAUAUAAAGAUUCGGGUU